UUUUAAGAUUGUUUUUUUGGGGCUUUUUGCCUUUAAUGUACAGGAUAGAGUGAAAUGGGGCAGAGAGACAGAGUGGGGGGUGACAUGCAACAAAUGGUUGCAAGCCAGAGUCGAACCUGCGACCACUGCGGCAAGGUAUUGCCAUUGUACAUGGGCGCCGGCACUAUCCACUGCUCUACCAACGCCCCACUGUGUUCCAGUUUUUAACCUGUCCUUUUUCAUAGCAACUAAGAGUGACAAAAUGUUGAAUUUUUUGCUACAGACAUAAAGUUAAAUGUCAUAAAUGAUGUUGGUGACAGUCAGUUACAAACAAAAAAACUGGGCUGUCCUCUUGUGUCAAAAAUUCUUUCUCUCUUACAUUCUUCCUCUCUCCCUUUUGAAAGUGAUCAUCCAAUCAUCGUCCUCCUUUAAAAAAACAACUGCAGAGAAAAGAAAUCUCUUGUACAACCGGGUGUCAACACUGUGUGCCUCUGACACUGUCCAAUCUUUGUAAGUAAAGCUGGGAGAAAAAUAGCUGCGUCAGACUGUGUGAGUGUGUUUGUGUGUUUAAAACAAUGCUGAAUACUUUUAUAAAAGUAUUUUACACUAAUUUAAAUGUCUCUGUCAGCUCUUCUUUUAUCAGACAUGAAGAUUGCUGCGUUCAACGUGCAGAGGUUUGGGUUGACUAAAGUCGCAGAUCCAGACGUCCUGUCAACUCUGGUUAAGAUUGUGUCUCGAUAUGACAUCAUACUGAUUCUGGAGGUGGUGGAUGUGAGCGGAGCUUCUGUUAGACUGUUUUUGACAGAACUGAACAGAGUCAACACAACCCAUCACUACACUCUGCAGCUCAGUGCCCGCCUGGGGAGAAACAGAUACAAGGAACAGUUUUUGUUUCUGUACAGGGACGACGUCGUUGACCUGAUCGACUGCUAUCAAUAUGAAGACAACCAGGUGAACGAUGUGGAUGCUUUUGCAAGAGAGCCAUAUAUUCUCCACUUCAAACCACACAACACAGUGCUGAAAGAUAUAGUGCUGAUCCCAGUCCACACCAAACCCUGGGACUCAGAGAAAGAGCUGGAUGAGCUGUAUGACGUCGUCCUGGUGGUCAAAGACAAGUGGAAAACUGAUAACAUAAUGAUUCUGGGGGAUUUCAAUGCAGAUGGCGUGUAUCUCACCAAUAAGGAGAUGAAGGGGAUUCGUAUUCGCAGUGACAAGAACUUCCACUGGCUGAUUGGUGACGACGUGGACACCACUGCAAACACAUCAAACGAGCACACCUACGACCGGAUUGUUGUGUAUGGAGAUGACAUGCUGGCAGCCUUCGUGCCAAACUCAGCCAAGCCAUUCAAUUUCCACAAAGAGUUUGCUAUGACCGAAGAAAUGGCCCUGAGGGUGAGCGACCACUACCCUGUCGAGGUGGAGUUAUGCAAAGCUGUUCCUUUCUGGGAGACAAAGACCUGCCGAAAAUGUGACAUAACCCGGCAGGCAUCAGGCACAGAGAGUCUGCAGGCGGACGUGUUGAAGCUGCAGAAAGAAAAUCUCCUGCUGGAGAGAGAAAAACUUCAGCUUCAGAUCUCCAUAUUAAAACAAAAGCUUGCCACACUCAAACUAAAGGAAUGACCACAAGAUCUCAAACAUGACUGGCUCUGCUGCGACAAAAUCGCCAGGAUAAUGUUGGCAUCGUACAUUUCUGCAAACCACAUAUAUAUAACAUUUGCACAUUAUUAUGUAGUGGAUAUGUUGACAUUGAAUUUUUUUGUGUGUGUCCAUAAUGUGUGGUUAUGUUUAGGCACGAAUAAACACUUGGUUAUGGUUUG